GAUACUUCGUCUCGACCGAGGUUGGUCGAUCUCUCGCAGUUUAUUCGCGCGAUCGACUCGUUUGAAAUAGUAGUUUGCAGCGAGAAACGUGCAGAAGAUUGUUUGUCGUGAACUGUAGCGAUGACAAAGAAAAGGGCGUUUACUUAAUCAAAAAAAAGUAAACGAUUAUUAUCAUUUUUUGUUAGAAACGUUCGAGUCUUGCAAAAUUAUCGCGUUUCAUUGCAAAAAUAACCUAAGUUAACCUCAAUCUGCUCGUUUGAAAUGGCAGAUUGCAGCGACAAAUGUGCGGAAGAUUAUUCGUUCGACUAUGGCGAUGACAAACAAAAAGGUGUCUGUUUGAUCAAAGAAGAGUUUAUACUGGAAGAUCGUAUUAGACAUUUAAGUGGUGACACUUCUGCAUUGGACGAACCGCCGUCCAAAAAAAUCAAAUAUGACAAUAAGAAGGAAAAGCACAGGGGGCAAAACAAAGCAAGGCCUCCGCCAUUUAAGACACAGAGCAAAUUGAAUCUGUGCCCCAGGAUAGCGGAUCAAGCAGUGAACGAACUCGAAAAGAAAUGCGAUAAUAGUCAAUGCAUAUUCCUGCACGACAGAGUUGAAUAUUUGAAAAUCAAGCCAGAUGACAUUGCUGACGAAUGUUGCAUCUUCGAGCUUACUGGUAGGUGCCCCAGAGGCAUUACUUGCAGAAUGGGUUCCAAACAUUUGACCGAGGAAGGUUUGAAUAUCAUUGACAAUGAGAAACUGGAGGAAUUCGCGAAAAGGCCACCUUCUACAAAGAAUUACUUGACUAAAGAUAUUCAGACUCGAUUAAGGAAACACAAGUAUAAUUUUUCUAAAGCUGAAAACAUUGUUAAGGCGAACGGGCCAUCUAGCAACAAGAUAGAGGUAAAAAACGUUACAGCAGAACCAAGAUUAGAAAAUAUUAAACAAGACUUAGGGAUAAAAAAUGUUGAACAAAUUGACAAACUCUCGAAUAAAGAUAAAUUGGAGAUAAAAGACAGUCCAGUAUUAGAUACUUCUAUUAAUGAAUCUAAAAACGAGACCAUCGAGACUCAGAAUACAACAAAAAAACUUGGCCCUGUUGAAGAUUACGAUUUGAUCAAAUGUAGGUACUUGGAGAAGAAAAAGGUUGAUUGGAAAAAUAAGAUACUGUUAAGUUCGUUGACUACAGUGGGCAAUCUGCCGUUUAGAAGAAUUUGUAAAGAAUACGGAGCAGAUAUAACUUGCGGAGAAAUGGCUUUGGCACCGAAGAUACUGCAAGGAGCUCAUGAAGAGUGGGCGCUGGUGAAAAGGCACGAGUCAGAAGAUAUCUUUGGUGUACAGCUUUGCGGGAACAACCCGGGAGUAUUAACAAGAUGUGCACAGUUGCUGAAUGAAGAAAUCGAUGUUGAUUUCAUUGAUUUGAAUCUUGGCUGUCCUAUAGAUUUAAUUUAUAGACAAGGAGGAGGCAGCGGUAUGCUGAACCGACUGAAUGUUCUAGAAACUGUUGUAAAAUCUGUUAGCCAAGUUAUGAGUAUACCUUUAACUGUAAAAACUAGGACAGGCGUUUAUAUGGACAAACCUAUUGCACAUACUUUAAUGCCAAAGUUUGUUAAUUGGGGUGUGUCCAUGAUUACUGUUCAUGGAAGAUCACGCGAGCAAAGAUAUACGAAAUUAGCCGAUUGGAAUUACAUAGAAAAAUGCGCAAAAGCGGCAGAUCCUGUUCCAGUAUUUGGGAAUGGAGACAUUUUAUCGUAUGACGAUUAUCAAAGAGUUCGGAACACAUAUCCUUCUGUAUAUGGGAUCACCAUAGGACGUGGGGCAUUAAUAAAACCAUGGAUAUUCACCGAAAUAAAAGAGAAAAAGUUAAUUGAUAUUUCAAGUUCAGAAAGAUUUGAGAUCUUGAGAAAAUAUGCCAAUUAUGGCCUUGAACAUUGGGGCUCGGAUACUCGUGGCGUUGAGACGACAAGGAGAUUUAUGUUGGAAUGGAUAUCUUUUUUGCAUAGGUAUAUUCCUGUUGGAAUAUUAGAAAGACCACCGCAAAGGAUCAACGAGAGACCACCAUUUUACAGAGGUCGCGACGACAUGGAAACGCUAAUGGCUAGUUCAAACUCUGCAGACUGGAUUAAAUUAUCAGAAAUGUUACUAGGAAAAGUACCUGAAGGAUUUAAUUUUCUGCCAAAGCACAAAGCGAACGCGUGGAAAUGAUGUAUAUGUCGUAUGAAAAGAAAAGUUUUAUCUUCCUGUUCUAUUUUUAUUAAAUAGAUUUAUUGGAAUAAAUUCUAGAUGAGAAGAGUAAAAAAUCUUUUUUAUUUUGCUAAACAUUCACACGGACAUUCACAAACAGUCGCAUGAACAAGGAAAUAAACAACUUCGAUAAAACGAAUAUAGAUUACAAAUUUAUAUAUAUUUGAUAAUAUACAUAAUGAUUC